ACUCCGCUCCUUCCAGUGAUGGCCAUGGUUUAGUUGGCCGGUUCCAUGUCUCAUGCUAUAUGCCUCUGUCCCUCGAUCAUCCGAUUCGAUCUCUUUUUCCCUAUUAUAAGCACAAGUAUAUUGAUCUUUCCCAAAACAGCAAAUUAAGAUUUCCGACCGUCGCCGGAACCCGAUAACACCAUGUCACGGCCAAGGUUGGAAGGCAAGGUGGCCAUCAUCACCGGAGGGGCCAGCGGCAUCGGCGAGGCCACCGCGAGGCUCUUCGCCUCCGAGGGCGCCCUCGUCAUCAUCGCCGAUAUCCAGGACGAGCUCGGCCGCGCCGUCGCCGCCUCCAUCGGCCUCGACCGCUGCGCCUACCGCCACUGCGACGUCCGCGACGAGAAGCAGCUGGAGGCGGCGGUGGACUUCGCCGUCCGGACCCACGGCCGGCUGGACGUCCUCUUCAGCAACGCGGGGAAGGUAGGCCCCGUGGGACCCAUCCUGGAGGCGAGCCUGGAGGUGUGGGACGACGUCAUGGCCGUCAACGCGCGGGGAGCGGCUGCGGCCGUCAAGCACGCGGCGCGCGCGAUGGUGGCGCGCGGGACGCGGGGGUCCAUCGUCUGCACCGCGAGCGUGGCGGCGAGCCGUGGGGGAGCCGGGGUGGCGGCCUACGUGGCGUCGAAGCACGCCGUGCUGGGGCUGGUGCGCGCGGCCGCGGUGGAGCUCGGGGAGCACGGCAUCCGGGUGAACUGCGUGUCCCCCUCGGCCGUGGCCACGCCCCUCGCGUGCGAGCACCUCGGUGGGAGCCCGAGCAAGGUGGAGGAGUACGGCGAGGCCCUGUCCAGGCUGAAGGGGGUGGUGCUCAAGACGAGCCACAUCGCGGAGGCCGCGCUGUUCCUGGCGUCGGAUGAGUCGGAAUUCAUCACCGGGCACGAUUUGGUGGUGGACGGAGGGCGGACAGUCGUCGGUCAGAACACGCGCACCUUCCUCAAGAAAUAGUCGUCUUGCUGUAAGGUGGCCAAGCUUUCUCGUCUGGUUGGAGAUCCGGCUUUCGGGUCCUAGUGCUAUGUCUGCAGUGUGAAGCCUAACCCUUGCUAUCCAGCUGAAUAACACCUGUUUGUUUCUUUCACCCAUUCAAAUCAGAGAGAUUCAUUUGGCCGUGUGUGCUGCUGUUGGAUCUGUACAAAAGCCAUGAACGAUGAUAACUAACAACGUAAUUUCUGCUGAUUA